AGACAUUAUCUCCUUCCACUUCCGUUUCUCCAAAUUUUGCAGUUUCAUUUCAUCAAAAUCGGAGUGUUGUUGUAGAGACUCAAGUUGUAGCCUGUAACCUGUUCUGUUUGGAAUAUUUUAACCAUGAUGUCUGUUCCGAAUAUGAUGUCUAAUCCUCUGUCUGACUAUCAAGCUCCAAACCAAGUUUCUUUCAGCCCAUACGAGUUCAAUGGCGGGACAAUUCUUGCUGUCGCUGGUGAGGACUAUGCUUUGAUUGCCACAGACACCCGAUUGAGCCAAGGUUUCUCCAUUCACUCCAGAGACAGCCCCAAGACAUACCCUCUAUCAAAUGGUAGUGUUCUUGGGUGUUGCGGUUUCCAUGGAGAUGUGCUCACUCUGACAAAGGUUCUUGGAGCAAGACUGCAGAUAUUUGAGAAGGAGCACAAUAAGCCGAUGCCCACACCAUCUGUUGCUGCCAUGCUGUCUACUAUUUUGUAUUACAGGCGGUUUUUCCCCUACUACACCCACAACAUCGUGGCUGGGCUUGAUGAAGAAGGUAAAGGCUGUGUCUACAGUUUUGAUCCAGUCGGCUCGUAUGAGAGGGAAGUGUUCAGAGCCAAGGGCUCUGCCUCUGCUAUGCUGCAGCCACUCCUUGACAACCAGAUUGGAGGCAAGAACCAGCAGAGUUACAAAGUGGUGCCCAUCCCGUUGAAGAAGUGCGUCUCCAUGGUCAAGGAUGUGUUCACGUCCGCUGCAGAGCGCGACAUUUACACUGGAGACAACAUUCUCAUCUCCAUCAUCACCAAGGACGGUGUCAAGUCAGAACAGUUCCCACUGCGUAGAGAUUAAUUUAGACCUCGUUUUGUAAUACACACCUACGUGUUUGUACGGUUCAUGUGUGUACUUUUGUGAGUUUGGUGUGCGUUUUAUGUGUGUACUUUUGUGAGCAUGGCACUCAUUUGAUGUGUGUACUUUUGUGAGUAUGAACAUGUGUGUGCGUCUCUCUACUGCUAAGUGUGCACGCUUUGCACAUGGAUUGAUAAUUAUCACAUUGUAAAAUGUUUUAAAUUGAAUGAUUGGUUGUUUACAAACGCUUAUAAACAGUCUAUUGUCAGGAAUUUGGGUUGUUUGUUGUUGUUGUUUUGUUGGGUUUUCAUGGGGUCUUUAGGUGGGGUAUCAUUGGGUUUUUUCUCUCUCAUGUCAAGUGUUGGUCAUAAGAAAAUUGAGCUUUUGUUUUCCUAAGUCUGUGUCAGUUUUCUGCCACAGUUUUUUUCUGUUGUGGUAUAGAUCUAUGUGUAAUUUGAAAUAAAAUCUUCAUUUCCAAGAUUCAA